AUGGCUUCACGAACCUCCCCUUUCAACUUGGCCACUUGCGCCCGUCCUAAUAUCCUAGCAUUGCAGCCUUACCGAUGUGCCAGAGAUGACUACAAAGAUGACGGUACCAACGUCCUCCUCGACGCCAACGAGAAUGCCUUCGGACCCGGUCUCGCCCUGAACAGUGAGGGUGCACUGCAGGCUUCGCAAAGCGGUGAUGCCACCGGCGCUUCCAAGCCUGAGAUCGACUUCCUGGGCCUGAACCGCUACCCCGAUCCUCACCAAAUCGAACUCAAGCAGCUCUUCUGCAAUCUCCGAAACACCCACCACCACACCCCCAAGACCCUCCUCCCCGAGCACAUGUUCUGCGGCGUCGGCUCCGACGAAGCCAUCGACGCCCUCCUCCGCUGUUUCUGUGUCCCCGGCAAGGACAAGAUCCUCACCUGUCCCCCAACCUACGGCAUGUAUAGCGUGAGUGCACAGGUCAACGACGUCGAAAUCGUUAAAGUGCCCCUCGACGCCUCAAACGGCUUCCACCUCCAACCCGAGAAGGUCAACGCCGCGCUCUCCGCCGACCCAUCCAUCAAACUCGCCUACAUCUGCUCCCCAGGCAAUCCCACCGCAAACCUCAUCCGCAAAGAAGACAUCCAAAAGGUCCUCGAGCACCCCACCUGGAAUGGUAUCGUCGUCGUCGACGAAGCCUACAUCGACUUCGCCCCCGAGGGCUCCAGUCUCGCAGAAUGGGUCACCGAAUGGCCGAACCUCGUCGUCAUGCAGACCCUCAGCAAAGCCUUCGGUCUCGCAGGUAUCCGUCUCGGAGUCGCCUACACCAGCCCGGAAAUCGCCCUUUUGCUCAACAGCCUCAAGGCCCCUUAUAACAUCUCCAGCCCGACGAGCGCGCUCGCCUCCGCCGCUCUCACGGCCCCGAAUAUGGCGGUCAUGCGCAGUUAUCGCACUCAGAUCAUUGCGCAGCGCGAUCGUCUGCUUCGUGAACUCCCUACCAUCCCGGGUGUGGGUCAAUUCCUGGGUGGGUCGGACGCGAACUUCUUGCUGGUGCAGAUGUUGAACGCGGAGGGCCGACCGUGUAAUGUGACCGCGCUGGCGGCGUACGAGGCGAUGGCGGAGAAGCGUGGGGUCGUUGUUCGGUUCCGCGGUAAGGAACUUGGGUGUGAGGGCUGUCUUCGUAUUACGGUGGGUACGGAGGCGGAAGUCACCAAAUUCCUGCAGGAGCUGCGGGUGGUGUUGGGUGGGUUGCGCGAUGGGGCUGGUAUCGCCUCAUUGCGGUGA